GCGGGCACCGUGUCAUCUGGCAAGGCAGUGGGCUCCGAGUCAACAGGCACGACAGCGGGCACCGGGUCAUCAGGUACCGGAUUGUCUGGCUCGACAGCGGGCAUCGGGUCACCAGGUAUGACAGCGGGCACUGGGUCACCAGGCAUCAGGUCAUUUGGCUUGCCAGCGGGCACCGCGUCAUCUGGCAAGGCAGUGGGCACCAAGUCCCCAGGUACGACAGCGGGCUCUGAGUCAAUGGGCACGACAGCGGGGCACCGGGUCACCAGGCAUUGGAUCAUCUGCUUGACAGCGGGCAUCGGGUCACCAGGCAUCAGGUCAUCUGGCAAGGCAGUGGGCACCGAGUCACCAGGUAUGACAGCGGGCUCUGAGUCAAUUGGCACGACAGCGGGCACCGGAUCAGGUACCGGAUCAUCUGGAUCAACAGCGGGCAUCGAGUCAACUGGCCUAAUAGGAUCGUCAGGCUGGAUCAGUUCAUCAUGCUGGGUAGAGGCAUCAGGCUGAA